AUGUUUCUUAUAGCUGGUUUUUGUAUAAUUGUCGUGAUAACUGUUAUUUCUAUAGUAAGAUCAAAAAAACCUUUGAAAAUUAUAUUAUCUGAGGCUAAAUAUGAAUUAUUGUACAAUGCUGUGGGUUCCAAGGCGGUUAUACAGGACUACCUAAUGAAAAGCAAAAAUAAAACAGAUUUACCAUUAAUGACAGGAAAAGUAGCAGUCAUUACAGGUGGAAACAGAGGCAUUGGUAAAGAAGUUGUAAAAAUGUUUCUAAAAUGUGAUAUGACAAUUCUUAUAGGUUGCAGAAACAUCCAGGCAGCAAAAUCUAUGAUAGAGACUUUUAGAAAGGAAGGAAUCAAAACAGGAAACGCAGAUAUAUACAAUUUAGAUAUAAGUUUAAUAGAAUCAAUUAAAUUAUUUGCAAAAGAAAUUAAAAGCAAAUAUUACAAAAUUAAUUACGUUGUUAAUAAUGCAGGCAUUAUGUUUGGGCCUUAUAUAGAAACGAAGGAUGGGUUCGAAUCACAAUUCUCAACAAAUUAUCUAGGUCACUUUUUAUUAAUACACCUACUACUUCCCAAUAUUAAAGCUGCAGGAGAAAAAAAUGAUUUUUCAAGAAUAGUUAACGUAUCAUCCUGUGCUCACCAUAUUGGGGAUAUUAAAUUUGAAGAUAUUAAUAAUAGAAAACAGUAUAUAGCUGGUGAAGCGUAUGCGCAAUCUAAACUUGCACAACUUUUAUUUUCCAAUUAUUUAAAUGAAACAAUGAAGAAAGAAAAAUCGUUUGUGCAGUCCCACUCUGUACACCCAGGAGUUGUUAACACAGAAUUAUUUGAUGGAACCUUAUUAAAAAACAAAGCCCCUUGGAUACCAAAUCUUUUAUUUAAAACACCCAAACAAGGAGCUAUUCCAAUUGUAUAUGCUUGUGUUUCAAAAGAACUAGAAGGAAAAGGUGGGACCUAUAUUCACAACUGCGAAAUAUUCGAAACAUGUCAGUUAGCAAAAUCCCAGGAACUUCAAGAGAAACUGUUUACUUUUACCAAAGAUUUAUUAAAUAUUUUGGAGUUUGGAAAUUAA